UGGAGUGGACUUGACUGGACUGGACUGGACUGGACUGGCCGGGUCGGACUGGACUGGACAGGACUCGACUGGACUGGACAAAAAUGGACUGGACUAGAUUGGACUGGACUGGUCUCGACUGGACUGGAAUGGACUGGACUGGCCGAGUCGGACUGGACUGGACUGGACUCGACUGGACUGGACUUGACUGGACUGGACAGUGUUGGACUGUCCUUGACUGGACUGGAUUGGAUUGGACAGGACUGGACUGGAGUGGACUCUACUGUAACUGUACCGGAAUGGACCGGACUGGACUGGACUGGACUGGACUGCACUGGACGGGACUGGAAUGGACUGGAUUUGACCUGGCUACACUGCACUGGACUGGACUGGACUAAAUUGUAUUGGACUGCAAUGGAUAAACCUGGACUUGACUGGACUGGCCUGGACUGUACUGGAAUUCAUUGGACUAGGUUGCACUGGAAUGGACCGGAUUGGACUGGAGUGGACUGGACUGAGAUGGAGUGGACUGGACUGUACUGGACUGGACUGAACUCGACUGGACUGGAUUGGACUGGUGUGGUCUGGAUUGGAAUUGACUGGACUGGACUGGACUUGACUUGA